UCCUCGUGCAGCGCGUCAGGCGGUUGCAUCAGUUGAACUUGCUUCAAAUCAGGCGGAAACUACACAUUUACCGGUGACCCACGAGGAUUCAUUUGAAGGACGAGGUGAAUGAAUUAACAGGUUUAAGAUGUGUGGUAUAUGGGCUUUGUUCGGCAGCGAUGAGUGCCUGUCGGGCCAGUGCACCUGUGCCAUGAAGAUCGCUCACAGAGGGCCUGAUGCUUUCCGCUUUGAAAAUGUCAAUGGCUUCACCAACUGUUGCUUCGGCUUCCACCGGCUGGCCAUCGUGGAUCAGCUGCAUGGCAUGCAGCCCCUGCGCGUUAAGAAGUUUCCCUACCUGUGGCUGUGCUACAAUGGAGAGAUUUACAACCACCACACGCUGAAGAUGCAGUUUGACUUUGAUUGCCAGACAAAAAUGGAUGGAGAAAUCUUGCUCCAUCUGUAUGACCGCUUUGGCAUUAAGAAGAUGGCCUCUCUCCUAGACGGUGUCUUUGCUUUCGUUCUUCUGGACACGGCCAACAGGAAAGUCCAUCUUGGAAGAGACACAUAUGGGGUCCGGCCCAUGUUCAAACUGCUCACAGAUGAUGGCUUCCUUGCAGUCUGCUCAGAGGCCAAAGGCCUUAUCGAUAUUAACCAUUCAAUGGAGAAAGCUGCGAGUAUUGAACCCUUUCUCCCUGGGCACUUCGAAGUAUUUGAUUUGAAGCCAAAUGGCAAAGUGCGGUCCCUUCAGAUGGAGCAGUUCCACUCCUGCACACAAGAGCCUGCUCAUGCCAUGUACGAUCGAGUGAAUGGCGAGUGCAAGCUUUCCACAGGCUUUGAUGAAGAAGCAGUGAAGAAAAAUGUCCGGAUGCUGUUUGAGAGUGCUGUGAAGAAGCGCCUGAUGGCCCACAGGAGGAUCGGCUGUCUCCUGUCAGGUGGCCUGGACUCCAGCUUGGUUGCUGCUACACUGGUGAAGCUGGCUAAAGAGCAGAAACUGGCGUAUCCCGUUCAGACAUUUUCCAUUGGAUCAGACGACAGUCCGGAUAUCAAAGCUGCUCGUAAGGUGGCUGCUCAUAUCGGUAGUGAACACCAUGAGGUGAACUUCACGGCAGAGGAGGGCAUCCAGGCGGUGGAGGAUGUGAUCUUCCACCUGGAGACCUAUGAUAUCACCACCAUUCGUGCCUCCGUUGGGAUGUAUCUGAUAUCCAAGUACAUCAGAGAGAAGACGGACAGUGUGGUGAUCUUCUCUGGAGAGGGAGCGGAUGAACUGACACAAGGCUACAUUUACUUCCACAAGGCUCCAUCUCCCAAAGAAGCAGCAAAGGACAGUGUCCGUCUCCUGAAGGAGCUCUACAUGUUUGAUGUUCUCCGUGCCGAUCGCACCACUGCAGCGCACGGCUUGGAACUAAGAGUGCCUUUCCUGGACCACAGAUUCACAGCAUACUACCUUUCUCUGCCUGAGGAGAUGAGAAUUCCCAAGGAUGGAGUGGAGAAGCACCUUCUCAGGAGUGCCUUCAAAGGUCUAGGCUUGAUCCCGGAUGAGAUCUUGUGGAGACGCAAAGAAGCCUUCAGUGAUGGGAUGAUGUCUCUGAAGAAGUCGUGGUACACCUGCCUCCAGGAGCAUCUGGAGUCCAUGGUGAAUGAUGACCAGCUGGAGAAAGCGGCAACAACGUACCCGUACAACCCCCCCGCCACCAAAGAGGCCUACUACUUCAGGCAGGUGUUUGAGAAGCUGUACCCCGGCCGAGCCAGGUGGCUCAGCCACUACUGGAUGCCGAGCUGGAUCGAGGCCACGGACCCGUCGGCCCGAACCCUGUCCAUCUACAAGCCCGACAAAGACGAGUGAUUGGCUGGAGCUGCUGUACGCUUGCGUGUUCACCCCUUCUGAAUGUGCCAUCGCUUUUGCUUUGCAAGUUUAGUUGAUCAGUUAAUCGAAAUUGCUAAACUGCAUUAGGCUAUGCUAAGUUUUUUUUUUUUAGAUGUCUUCAGCAGAACGGUUCUGUACGGAAGAGUAUUAGGGCCAGGCAGGAGAAUUCUUUUUUUUUUUUUAUUGUGCACUUCGAGAAAAAAGUCGAAAUGUCAAGAUUAAUUAUGAAAUACAAUUUCAAGAAUAAAGUGGAAAUUUCGAGAAUAAAGUUGAAAUACAAUUUCAAGAAUAAAGUCGAAAUUGUACUUCAAGUGCAGAAUGAAAAAAAAAAUCUUCCUCUAAAAUGUUAUUUUUAUUUUUCUCCUGCCUGGCCCUAAUACUCUUCUGUGGUUCUGUUUAUUCCACAAUGAAGGGGAGCUUUCUUUUGCUAUCCACAAAUCUUUGUAUGAGGAACCAAGACCUUUUGUUUGAAAGUACCAAGCUUAUUGUGUGUGUUCCAGUUUUGUUACAGCAUUUUAAAACAGGUUUUUUUUUCACUUGCAUUUAACUUCAGUUUGUUGUUUUGUCUUUGUUUUUAAACCCACUGCCAGUUCUUUUAGCGGAAAUCCACCAAGGACUCUGCUUUUAUAUGAAUCACAAAUGUCACACCUUUGCUCAGAUGGAGAACUCGCUGCGUUUGCAGCAUCUGCUUGGAGAAAGAGAGGAAAACAUUUGAAACAAUUUUUCAAAUACUUAUCAAAGAGAAGAUGGAAAACACAUCUGAUCACAAGUCUAAUGUCUGCUUCUUACCAACAGUAAAAUACAAGCUGGACAAAAUAAAACAUGUUAAAGCAA